AUGCCACAGCUCAUUGGAGUUCCAGAGCUGCGAAGAUCGAGGUGGUGCGACCACCCAGGACUGCGAGGCAUCGCCGAGAGCGCUUUUGGCCGCCGCUGUGAGCAAAGCGUCCUCGGAGCCUUGUGGAACUUCCCGGGCUCGGGUCCACCGGUGUGGCACAGGGACGGCUUCGACAAUCCUCUGCUUGUUGCGGUGACGGCUGCCUGUGACUACCCGCAAACCGUGGGCUUUAUCCACAGCCAGCCGAUGUCCCACAACGGGGCCCGGUUUUCGGACUCCGAAGGGAUGAAGGCUCCGAUCACUUCCAAGGGCGAGGUGGGGGUGCCGCUCCCUCUGAGACGGGGGGAGACCUUGCUCUUCUUCUACACUACGAAGCAUGCUGCGACACCCAACUUGAGCAAUCUGGAUCGCUGUCUUCUCUACAGCGUCCACGGACCUGUAGGCGUGAGGGAUGAGCACAAUCACAAGGAUUUCCUGCCCUCUCUCUUCAAGCUUUCCAAGGAGGAGGCCAAGGAUUUGGACGCCUUCUACCGGCACCAUCUGGGAAUCUAG